AUGAAUGGAAAUCAUCCGGAAGAUUUGAAGAAAGAGAAAGAGAAGGAAAAAACGCAAAAAGAAUUAUUGCCUUCUAAUUUUGGGCCAAAACAUGUUCCAGCUAAAAAGGCUAUUUGCAUAUUGGCUAUUAUACAGCUAAUGCUUGCAAGUAGUCAUUUCAUCGAAAAUACGAUCCUACUUCAUCGCAAUUUUCAUGAUUUUUAUGACGGUGAAAGUCGUUUGGUCGUAGCUAUAAUUUGGGCACUUACACUUUGUUGGAUUCUAUGCACACUCAUUCUACUUGUUGGAUUAUUCAGCAAUUUACCGUCACUUCUUUUACCGCAUAUUGUUUUUUCGGUAUAUUUCUCUUGUUCGCAGUUACAUGCUACUGAGAUAUUUUGGUUGCUGUGCAAGAUCGUCAUUCUGUUGAUUAUGCUAAUUUCAAGAGCAAGCCUUCCACCUCUUCUUCUUGUCUUUUCUAUUUGUGUCAUCACUGCAGUAUCAUUGCCAUAUGAAUGGAAUUGUUAUCGCCUAAUGCGUGCUUUGCUAUAA